AUGGCGCCAGUGCCAAUGCCAGUGGAAGCGCAGGCACAACAAGGCAGUCAGGCCUCUCAGUCCGCGACACUCCCCAUCUCACCCAGCCUCAUUGUCGGAAUUGUCAUUUUGGCUGCAUUUGCAGUCAUCAUUGUCAUCGCGAGCGUGUUCCGCUUCUGCUGCGGCAAUGGGAACGGAAAUCCAGGUGGGAAUAGAGAAUCUAAGAAACGAUCUAUGCGGGUCGAAGAUGAAGCCAACGCUAACGUGGAUACAGAUGAAUUCAAUCCAAACCGGCCUCGGUCGGCGGCACAGCUUGCGCGCAUGAAAGAGGUCAGAGAUAUCAACAACAUGUAUGCAUGGGAAAGGGCCAGACGGGCAAAAAUCGAGAUCGGCGAACUCAGUCCACCACCGCCCUUGAUGUCUAGAAGGCACAGUCGCAAUGGUACUUCGGAUGCGUGGAGCAGUAUUGGUGAUAUCAGUUCAGGGUUGGCGUCAGGUUCCACAUCGGCACCCCAUAGCGAAAUCCAUCCAGUCGAAGACCACAGCCGCGCAGCAUUCUUCUACAAUACUGACGACCCCUACGCCGACUCAUCCUCGCGACAGCGCUUGAACCAUCUAGCACCACCGACUUCUGCCCGCAACUCGUACCAGACCAGCAGCAGCGUCUACAGCUCCCGUCGACAAUCAUCGGUCCUACUUCCUCACGCGGUCCAAUAUCCUGGCGACAUAAAAGCCAGCAGUCCAAGCCCACUCCGUCAUGAAUAUGAAGGCUUUGAACCCAAUUAUGCCGAAGAAUCAGAUCCGCCUGUCAACGUCGAAGUCGACGCUGCUCAUACCAGCACCACUGAACGAAUGCAAGCUCCAGAGCCGCGUGCACACGCACGUGACCAUUUCCAGAAUCAGAAUCAGAAUCAGAAUCCCCGAAUCAUCAUCAACGACAACGAUGAGGAAGAUAUUGUCGCUGGUUUACGCACUCCAGGCCGUGCUCGGUAUCAUGAAGAAAACGAUGACUUCGAGCCUGUGGAUCUCUUCGGCGGUCAUCGCUACUUCAGUGACGGUGUACAGGAAGAAGAAGACGGUAUGCAUAUGCGCCCUGGCCCAUCCGAUUUGGAAUCCAAUUUGGCAAGACCAAGAACCAGACCUCGACUGGACGCGCCAUUGCCAUUGCCCGAGACUGAGACCGAAUCUUUCCCUGCUUAUCCCACUCAUUCUCAUGGUCAGCCAUCUGUCAGUAUCUACGACAAUGAACAAGCCCGGGAUGAUGGGCCCGAACAGCAUGAUGGUAUGAACUAUGGACCAUAUGCUGGCGCUCGUAACGACCACGUCGAUCUCGGUUACGGAAACCAGGAUGCCAGAGACGACCCGGUGGACUAUGAAACAGAAGAGCAGAUCAUCCAGCAGAGAGCCAGACAGGGAUCUCGCGACGGCGUCAGGACCCUGAUUCAAGAAUGGGAGAGGGUAAAUGGUCGUUUUGUACGGGAGUUAUGA